AUGGGUGGGGUAUCCAAGGCUACUAAGAAGUUCCAAAGUAAGCAUUUGAAGCAUACUUUGGAACACAGGAAAAAAGUGAAAGCGCAUAACCAAAAGAUUCAUGGUCGUAGGGGUAAUAAAUCAGAUGAUGAGAAAAGAGCACUUGCAUUGACUAAGGAUGAACAAAAGUUAAUGAAAUCUUCGAAGGAAGAAGUGUUCAAGGAUAUGAGUGUUCAAAAGUUUUUUGAUGGUGGAUUUGAAUUGCCAAAGAUAGACAAGAAAUUGAAGGGUUCUAAAGAGGAGGAGUCUGCUGAAGAUGAAGGAUCUUCUUCUGAUGAAGAUAUGGAGGCUGAUAUGGGAGAUCUAGCAGAGAAAGACCCCGAAUUCUAUAAAUACUUGCAAGAAAAUGAUAAGGAUCUAUUAGAAUUCAAUGGUAGUAAUCCUCUCGAUGGAAUUUCUGGUGACGAUGAUGAUGAUGAGGAGGCGGAGCAGGAAGAAGAAGUGGGUGGUAAGGGUAACAAAUCGAAGCCUGCCAAUACCAAGGAUGAACAAUUAGAGCUUAAUCAUGCUCUUCUAAAAAAGUUGAAGGGACAGUUGACUAACAAACCAAAUAUCAAGUCAAUCAGAAACAUUUGUUCUGCUUUUAAAGCAGCUGUUAAUGUUAAUCAGGAAGGUGCUGCUGAAACGUACAAAUUUUCUGUCAUGGAUGAAAAGGUGUUUCAAGAGCUAAUGUUUACUGUAUUGAAAGAUCUUCCUGAGGCUAUUCAAAAAUUGACACCAUACAAACUUUCAAAGAAUGCAAGGACCCUACCUUCAAAUUCAACAGUGACUAGGUUAUCAUCUGUUAUGAAAGCACAUGCACCUUCUUUGAUAACUUUGCUGCAAGAUAUUACAAAUACCGAAACUGCAGUAUUAGUUUUGCAUUCUACUUACCAGCUAUUACCAUAUUUCCUGUCCUACAGAAAACUCUUGAAGGAAUUAAUUCAGUCGAUAGUCUAUAUUUGGUCUACUACAAAGGAUGUCGAAACGCAAAUUGCUACAUUUGCAUUUUUGAAUAACUCUUCUAGGGAAUUCAAAAAAUCAAUACUGGGAUUGGUCUUGAAAACUACCUAUUCCACGUUUGUGAAAUCCUGUCGUAAGACCAAUAUUCGUACCAUGCCAUUAAUUAACUUCCAAAAGAACUCCUCUGCCGAAUUAUUUGGAGUCGAUCCCGUCUUGGGCUAUCAAAUUGGAUUUGAGUACAUUCGACAAUUAGCUAUACACUUGAGGAACUCAAUCAAUGGUUCCACUAAAAAGCCAUCGAAAACCAACUCAGCAGAAGCCUACAAAAUUGUAUACAAUUGGCAAUUCUGUCAUUCAUUGGAUUUUUGGUCCCGUGUGUUAUCGUUCCAAUGUAACCCAGAGAAGGAAAAUGGCAAAGAAUCGUCCCUAAGACAACUGAUCUAUCCUUUAAUCCAAGUCACACUAGGCGUUAUUAGAUUAAUCCCAACUGCUCAAUUUUUCCCAUUAAGGUUCUAUUUAAUUAGGUCUUUAAUCAGGCUUUCACAAAACGCCGGCGUCUACAUUCCUAUCUACCCGUUGUUAUCGGAAACUCUAUCAUCAACUGCCUUUACCAAGGCCCCAAAGAAACAUUCUACACUAGCAGCGUUUGACUUUGACAAUAACAUCAAGUGUAAUCAAGCCUAUCUAGGCACCAGAAUUUAUCAAGAUGGUCUUGCUGAACAAGUUGUCGAACUGUUGGCUGAAUUUUAUGUGCUAUAUGCUAAGAGUGUAUCGUUCCCAGAGCUCACCACCCCAACGAUUAUUUCCCUGCGUCGUUAUAUGAAGACAUCCAAAAAUAUCAAGUUCAACAAGAUGCUAACAAUUUUAAUUGAUAAAUUGAAGCAAAACAAUGAUUUUAUCAUCCAGAAGAGAUCAAAAAUUGACUUUGGCCCCACUAAUAGGGUUGAAGUCGAAAGAUUCUUAAAUGAGCUCCCAUGGGAAUCCACUCCUUUAGGUGCUUAUGUCGUUAUACAACGUGAAGUUAAGGAAGAAAAAGCACGUAUUUUAAGAGAAUCCUUAGAAGAAGAAGAUCAGAAAUCUCAAGAAGAAGAUAUUGAACUCAGUGAUGCCGUCGCAUCUGAUAGAGAUGAUGAUUAG